GCGGGCGGGGACUGAGGGGGGCGUGCAGGUAAGCCGACCGGCCUGGGAUUGCGGGCAUGGCCGAGGCCAGGAAGCGGCGGGAGCUGCUUCCCCUGAUCUACCAGCAUCUGCUGCAGGCGGGCUAUGUGCGGGCGGCGCGGGAAGUGAAGGAGCAGAGCGGCCAGAAAAGUUUCCUGACUCAGCCGGUAACCCUCCUGGACAUCUAUACACACUGGCAACAAACCUCCGAGAUUGGCCAGAAACGGAAGGCAGAGGACGAUGCAGCCCUGCAGGCCAAGAAGAGCCGUGUGUCAGACCCUAUUAGCAGUUCAGAGAGCUCGGAAGAGGAGGAGGAAGAGGAGGAGGCAGAAGCCGAAACUUCUAAAGCCACCCUGAAACUAGCAUCUACCAACUCCUCAGUCACGGGGACGGUUUUGCCUUCAAGCGUGAAAGAAAAAGCCAAGGCAAAGACCAAGAAAGCCAGCAAGACAGUGAACUCCACGGCACAGCCUGCCUCCGGGAAGGCAGUGGCUCAGCUUCUCACUGGCAAGUCACCCCGGAAGGCAGCAGGGCCCUCAGCAAAUACUGUCCUUGUCUCAGAAACUGAGGAGGAGGGCAGUGUCUCGGCCCUCGGAACCACUGCCAAGCCUGGAAUGGCAUCCGCGGGCCAGGCAUCCGCAGGCCAGGCCGACAGCUCCAGCGAGGACACCUCCAGCUCGAGUGAUGAGACGGAUGUGGAGGUGAAACCUGCAGCAAAACCAUCGCAGGUCAAAGCCUCAGCAGCUGUGACCAAGGAGCCUCCAAGGAGAAGGGCAGCCCCGACCCCAGGGAAAGUGGGGGAUGUGCUGCCCCAGGUCAGAGGGGCUGCUGGAACCCCAGCCAGCAGGGCCGAGAAGCCAGCAGAGGUCUCGGAGAGCAGUGAGGAGUCCGAGAGUGAGGAGGGGGGCCCUGCGGGGACACCCAGCCAGGUGAAGGCCUCGGAGAAAACUGUCCAGGUCAGAGCUGCCUCGGGUCCUGCCAAGGGGACCCCUGGGAAAGGGGCCACCCCAGCACCCCCUGCAAAGGCAGGGCCUGCAGCCGCCCAGGCCAAGGCAGUGAGGCCAGAGGAGGACUCAGAGAGCAGCAGCGAGGAGUCAGACAGCGAAGAGGAGACACCAGCUGCCAAAACCCUGCUGCAGGCAAAGCCCUCCGGGAAGAUCCCCCAGGUCAAAGCCACCUCAGCAGCUACUGCCCAGGUGCUUUCUCCUAGGAAAGGGGCCCCUCCAGCACCCCCUGGCAAGGCAGGGCCUGCAGCCAUCCAAGCGCAGCCCAGGAAGCAGGAGGAAGACUCAGAGAGCAGCAGCGAGGAAUCAGAGAGCGAGGGCGAGGCGUCCACAGCCGUGCCCCAAACCACGAGCCCGGCUCAGGCAAAGCCCGUGGGGAAAAACUCCCAGGUCAGAGCUGCCUCAGCUGUGGGCACGGGCCCCUCAGCGAAGAGUGCCGUCCCAGGGCUCCCUCAGAAGGCAAGGGCUGUAGCCGCCCAGGCGGCGAGGCGGGAGGAGGACUCGGAGAGCAGCAGCGAGGAGGAGUCGGACAGCGACGGGGAGGCCCUGAGGGCAGCAGCCUCGGCCCAGGCAAAGUCCUCGGGGAAAGUCCUCCAGGUCAGACCUGCCUCAGAUCCCACCAAGGGGCCCCCUCAGAGGGCCGGGCCUGCAGCCACCCAGGUCAAGGCCGAAACGUCCAAGGAAGACUCGGAGAGCAGCGAGGAGGAGUCAGACAGUGAGGACGAGGCGCCCGCAGCCAAGACUCCAGCCCAGGCAAAAUCAUCUGUGAAAACUUCUCAGACCAAGGCCUCCCCAAGGAAGGGCACCCCCACUACACCCGCAUCUGCCAAGGUCCCCCCAGUGCACGUAGGCACACCAGCCCCCUGGAAAGCAGGAACGGUGACUUCUCCAACCUGCACAGCAUCCCCAGCCAUGGUCAGGGGCAACCAGAGGCCAGAGGAGGACUCUUCGAGCAGUGAGGAGUCGGAGAGUGAGGAGGAAACAGCUCCUGCCACAGCAGUGGGACAGGUGAAGUCUGUAGGGAAAAGCCUCCCAGUGAAAGCUGCCUCAGCACCCACCAAGGGGCCCUCGGGGCGGGGGACCACCCCGGUGCUCCCUAGGAAGGCAGGGCCUGCAGUGGCGCAGGUCAAAGCUGAGGUGCAGGAAGACUCCGAGAGCAGUGAAGAGGAGUCGGGUAAUGAGGAGGCGGCUGCAGCUCCAGCACAGGUGAAGACUUCAGUGAAAACCCCUCAGACCAAAGCCAACCCAGCUGCCACCAGAGUGGCUUCAGCCAAAGGGGCAGCAUCAGCUCCUGGAAAAGGGGUCCCUGCAGUCGCUCAAGCCAAACCAGGGUCCCUGGCCAAGGCAAAGCCACCAGCGAGAGCCCCGAAGAGCAGUGCUGUCUCUGGGAGAGGCCAGGCAUCUGUGCUGGCUGUGGGGAAGGCAGUGGCUGCAGCAGCCCAGGCCCUGCCGGGGCCGGUCAGGGGCCCGCAGGAGGACUCGGAGAGCAGUGAGGAGGAGUCGGACAGUGAGGAGGAGGCGCCCGCUCAGGCGAAGUCCUCAGGGAAGACCCCCCAGGUCAGAACUGCCUCAGCCCCCACCAAGGCGUCCCCAGCACCCCCUGGGAAGGCAGGACCCCCAGCCGUCCAGGCCAGGAAGCAGGAGGAGGACUCGGAGAGCAGCAGCGAGGAGGAGUUGGACAGUGACAGGGAGAUGUCGGCAGCUGUGCCACCAGCCCAGAAGGAGGGUAACUCCAAAACUGCCAGAAGCAAGGCCCUGGCCCCGGCACCCCCGGAGAAGAAGGCAGAGGGGUCGUCAACCAGCAGUGACGAGGAGCUGCCGGCGAGCCAGGUGAUUAAAACCCCUCUGAUUUUUGUCGACCCUAAUCGUAGUCCAGCUGGCCCAGCUGCUACCCCCGCCCAAGCCCAGGCUACAGGCGCCCCGAGGAAGGCCCAGGCCUCGGAGAGCACGGCCAGGAGCUCCUCUGAGAGUGAGGAUGAGGACGUGAUCCCCGCCACGCAGUGCUUGACUCCUGGCCAACCAAGGGCCGCCCUCAGAGCCAGCGUGGUGGGGGCCCGCAGCAGUGAGGACGCCAGUCGGGUGUCUGAAGGCAAGAAACAGGAGGCGCCAGCCCCUCAGGUCACAAAGAGGAACCCCGCUCACCUCCCGCUGACCCAGGCUGCCCUGAAGGUCCUUGCCCAGAAAGCCAGUGAGGCCCAGCCUCCUGCUGCCAGGACCCUGUCUUCAAGUGGGACUGACAGUGCUCUGGGAACACUCCCUGCAAUGAGUUCCCAGAGCACCUCUGCACAGGCCAAAAGGACCAACAAGCUCAGAAAACCUGAGGUUCCUGCAGCCCAGCGGGCCACAGCCUCUCCUUCAGGACACCCCAAGGCCAAGGCCUCUGGGACCUCAGAUGACAGUGAGGACAGCAGCGGCAGCUCUUCAGGGAGCGAAGACGAUGCUGGGGGGCCCCGGGGGGCCCCAUCGGCCCACAGGCCAGUAGGCCCAGCCCCCCCCAGGAGGGAGACCUUGGUGGAGGAGACCUCAGCAGAGUCCAGUGACGAUGCAAUGGUGGCACCUUCCCAGUCUCUCCUCUCAGGUUAUGUGACCCCUGGGCUGACUCCAGCUAGUUCCCAGGCUUCAAAGGCCACUCCCAAACCAGACCCCAACCCCUCGGUUUCCUCUACUCCGGCCACCAGAGAUGCCUUGGACGGCAAGCAGGAAUUGGAGCCCCAGCAAGCAGCUGGCAUCAUGUCCCCUAAAAGAGGCAGAGGAGAGGCUAGUGCCACACUUCGGAAGCCCGGGGAGGGGCCUGGGGGCCCCCAGGCCUCCAUUCUGGCACUGCAGAGCGGCAUCACCCGGCGCCUCCUGAGCGAACCCUGGCCCCUGAGUGAGGAACAGGUGCGGGCCUCGGUGGCGAAGGUGCUGGUGGAGCUGCUGGAGCAGAAGGCCGUGGACGCCACCAAGGAGAGCGGCCGGAAGAGCCGCCCGGGCAACAAGCGGAAGCUGCCCGAAGAGCAGACGGCCACCAGGGCCCCCAAGAGCAAGAAGAAGAAGCAGCUGCCGGCUGGGGAUGGUGGGGAGCGUGUGGUAUCCCCAGAAAAGGCCCCCAGGACUGCCAAGGGGAAGUCCAAGAGGGACAGAGCGAGUGGUGACAUCAAGGAGAAGAAGGAGAAGGAGUCUCCUGGUUCCCAAGGGGCCAAGGAGAAGCCGGAAGGGGAGCCGGGGAUGGUGAAGGGUGAGGGGGGAGACCAAGGCAACCCAAAGAGCAAGAAGGAGAAGAAGAAAGCUGACAAGAAAAAAAAAGACAAGGAAAAAAAGGAAAAGAAGAAGAAAGCAAAAAAGGCCUCAACCAAAGACCCUGACUCACUAUUGCAGAAGAAGAAAAAAAAAGAAGAAGACGGCAGAGCAGACUGUCUGAAGGACACCAGGCAGCAGAAGAGGAUGGCCAGCUGCGGUGUCCAUGCUGGCCAAGCCAGUGAGCCCUGCAGAGAGGCUGGUCCAAGAAGGAGGAGGAAGCACGCCCGGCUUACGUGACCACCACUCACUGACCCCAGCCUGACUUCUGCUCCAACGCAAGAUGCUUCGUAUGGACAUGUACAGCAUAUAUAUAUAUUUUUUUAAGGGACCCGCCCCUCCCUUCUCAGACCCAACAUGCCCAGAGGCCUCGGGGCUUUCCACCCCUGCCCUGUAGACCCAAGUAAGGCUCAGCCUGUGGCGCCUUCCAUGCCCUUGGUCUCCAGUUGAUGCUGAGGCUUUGUCCUCCUUUUGUCAGUUUUCUUCCCGUUUUGUGUGUAUGUUUUUUGUAAGAACUCAGAAAAUAAAAGACUUGAAGGAA